UUACCGCCCUGAGGCCUAGAGAUUGGAAAGAGGCUAUCUCAAGAAAAUCUUGGAACUGAAGGAGGAAAUCCAUAGGGAAAAAAACAUGGCCGUCCUUUCUCCAUUACUAUCCUCUUCUUCACUCCAAUAUACCUUCCCCUCUCUUUCUUCUCUUUCCCCCAAGCCCACCCUCACCCUCACCCUCGCCCCCUAUCGCUACCGCUCUCGCCUUAUCCUCUCUCAGGUCUCCCACCACCACCAACCGCCGCCCGUUGUAAUCGACAGGUCUUUGCUCAAUGUCUCAGAAGCCAAAUCCGAGAGUGAGCUAUGGGCUGCUGCUUCUCUUCGCGUACGGACUUUCUAUGUCUCCCACAAUGACUCUAUCAACAUCGAGGAACAUAAAAAGUACUUGGCUGAACGUGAAUUUGAAGCAUUGAAGGAGCGCAUUGCAGGGAAAAGGUUGGGUUUUGGAAGAGUUUCCUGCAUCAAUGCCACUGUACCUUUAUCUCAAGUGUCAAGUGUUUCGCUUGAUUUAUGUACAUCAUACAAAUGUCCAGAUAAUAUGGAAAAUAGAGUAGUCAUUGGGUCUCUAGAUCUCAACCAGUGCAUCAGCCUUCCAGAUGAAAUAGUAGGAAUGAAACCUAAGGGAAUUGGAGCUGAUUUUGCAAGAGCAUACCUUAGUAAUGUAUGUGUUGCUAAAGAACUGCGUAGAAAUGGGUUGGGCUAUGCACUCAUUGCACAGGCAAGGAUGGUUGCUGAAGAGUGGGGAAUAAGUGAUUUGUAUGUGCAUGUUGCCAUCGACAAUGAGCCUGCACUUAACCUCUACAAGAAAUGUGGUUUCGUUUACGAGAGCGAGGAACCUGCGUGGCAAGCCAGGUUCUUAGAUCGGCCCCGGAGGCUUCUUUUGUGGAUGGGCCUCCCUGUUCCCUAUGACUUUGUGCUCCACAAGUAAAUGCAUCCAAUGUAUACACCUAAUCACAACCAACUAUUCCUAUUCCUGCCUUAUUCCAUGCUACGGAGUUGACGUCCCGGAUUAAUUGCAAUCUACAUUUGUCCAAAAAGGCAAAAUUUCUCGCUCCAAAAGUCUCUAUAUCUUAGCCCAACAAGAUGGUAGAGGGUAGCGGUCUCUUAGGUGGGAGUGUUAGUGUUUGGUGUCCACAAAAAGUUUAUCACAUUAGAUGUAACUCACAUUGCGAUUGUUAGGUCUCGAUUUUGUAUUUUUACCCACAAUUUAUCACUUGGGUGUUAACUGAGUUGGCCAUAAAUGCGCAAUAAUCCACACUACAACGGCAAA